AUGAUUGGAGUGGCUCCCUGGGAUUUUCAGCGCCCUGUGGCCUUACUUGUUUCACAGACAGACACCAAAGAAAGGUUUGGACUGCAGUAUGUGGAGCCUGGUUGUCGUCCUGUCCCCUUGGACUGGAACAAGCACAAGUCCCAGAAGGUACCUGUUGCAGGGGAAGGAGAACAUCAGUCCUCAGAGCCGUCUGCUCUCAGUGAGAGAUUCCCACCUGAUGACCCACCUGAGGAGGUGAGGGAGGAAAACUUUGCUCAGGAUGACAUUUUUGGUGUAUCUUCUCUUGGCUCACAAACAAUGAUCCAGCCUGCACAGCCCACCAAAUUAAAAGAUGAGAUGACACCACCACUGCCCUUUGCUCCCUCUCCACAAGCUGCUCGCACAGGUCCCAUCAAGGCAGGCGGGCUACUUUUUGUCCUGGACCAUUUUCGGUGGACACAGCCCAUGAGGGAUUCCAUUGAUGGCCUUCUGGCAAAGUACCAUGGGCAGAAAGACCUUCUCACCCAGGUGGAUGCGGAGUAUGUUGCCCUUGUGCAGGCUGCCUCCAGGGAUCCCAGUAGCCUCUUACACCCCACCACGAAACAGCAUAUCUCACGUUAUGUGAAACACCUGGCCAAGAUGACGAACACAAGUUCAUCCCUGAACACCAGUUCAGAGAAACUCCUGGAGGCCCAGCAGCUGUGGUAUCGCUUCACAGAAGGUAGUGAAACUUUCGAGAAGCUGUUUCUGUUGAGUCUUUAUUACCGUUACAUCCUCCGCAAGAAAGUCAAAGAAAGUGACUUUCUAAUUUCGUCCACCUCUUCCCACACUGGAUUUUUCUUCGGUGGCAUGAUGGAGGCAUGA